AUGGGGUUUGGCAGGAGGAUACGGGUAACAGAAUGGACUUUCCUGUUAGCAGUUUGCUGUAUCCAUCAGACAGGAGCUCAGACUGAAAUACAGCAGGAAACAGGAAGUAUCUACACUGAGGUUGUUCAGCAGGAACAAAACAUUUCUGCUACAGUUUCACCUAAGGUCAACAUCAUCCAGACAAUGCUGACAAAUCCAAUAAUAACACCUUCCAACCCUGCUCACAAUGGCCACGUGUGCAGCACAUGGGGCAACUUCCACUUCAAGACCUUUGAUGGAGACAUCUUCUACUUCCCUGGGCUCUGUAAUUAUGUUUUUGCAUCCCAUUGCAACACUCCCUAUGAGGAUUUCAACAUCCAGAUGAGACGUACGGUAGUAGAAAAUACUCCAACAAUCAGCCGUAUUGCCAUGAAACUUGAAGGUGUAGCUGUUGAGCUAACAAAGGAUGUUGUCAUGAUUGAUAGCAAUGGAGUUCAACUGCCAUACAGCCAGGCUGGAAUUACAAUAGAGAGAAGCAGCAUUUAUGUGAAAGUUGUCAGCAAAAUGGGUGUUGUAUUUAUGUGGAAUGAAGAUGACAGUAUUCUGUUGGAACUGCAUGAGAAAUAUGCUAAUCAGACCUGUGGGCUUUGUGGAGACUUCAAUGGCAUUCCAAUUUACAAUGAGUUCUAUUCAAACAAUAUGAAAAUGACAGCCUUACAGUUUGGGAAUAUGCAGAAAAUGAAUGGGCCAACAGAAAACUGUGAAGACCCCACUACUUCCCUACCAGAUAAUUGCACAGAUACUUUUGAUGACAUAUGCCAGAAAACAUUGACCAGCUCUUCAUUUGCAGAAUGUAAUGAUCUAGUUGAUGUUACCGAGUACAUUAUGGCUUGCCAAGAAGAUUUGUGCCGCUCUGAAGAGUCAAAAAAUGCUUCAUGUAUCUGUGACACCUUUGCCGAAUACUCCCGACAGUGUGCUCAUGCUGGUGGGGAACCUCUGAACUGGAGAACCUCAAAACUGUGCCCCAAGACGUGUCCUUACAACAUGGAGUACCUGGAGUGCAGCUCCCCCUGCACUGAUACAUGCACCAAUCCUGAACGAUCUCAGUUUUGUGAAGAGCACUGUAUGGACGGCUGUUUCUGCCCCCCAGGAACUGUGUUUGAUGACAUAAACAAUUCUGGCUGCAUCUCCCGCCAACAGUGCUCUUGUAUUUACAAUGGCAAAACCUACACUCCAGGAACUUCUUUUUCAGACCAGUGCCAUUCCUGUACAUGUAACGGAGGCCAAUGGAGUUGCACAGACAUGUCAUGCCCAGGAAUAUGUUCAGUGGAGGGAGGCUCACACAUUUCCACAUACGAUCAAAAACAGUAUGAUGUCCAUGGAGACUGCACAUAUGUCCUUUCUAAGCACUGUGAAGAUGAAACAUUCACCAUCCUGGCAGAACUACGCAAGUGUGGCCUGACAGACACUGAAACAUGCUUAAAGACAGUGGCCCUCAGCAUGAAUAAAGGACAAAAUCUCAUUGUGGUCAAACCUGAUGGUGGUGUGUUUGUGAACUUGAUCUACACCCAGCUGCCCAUCUCAGCAGCCAAUGUCACCAUCUUCAGACCUUCAUCAUUCUUCAUCAUCAUUCAGACAAAUUUUGGUCUCCAGGUUGAAAUCCAAAUCACACCCAUCAUGCAAGUGUUCAUUAGAAUUGAUCAUCAGUUCAAAGACCAAACCUGUGGUCUCUGUGGAAAUUUCAAUAAUGUCCAAACUGAUGACUUCAAGGCCAUGAGUGGAGUAGUUGAAGGAACAGCAGCAGCAUUUGCUAAUACAUGGAAAACUCAGGCUUCAUGCCCUAAUAUCCAGAGCAGUUUUGAAAACCCUUGUGCACUCAGCGUUGAUAAUGAAAAAUAUGCUCAGCAUUGGUGUGGACUACUAACUGACAGUGAAGGACCUUUUGCUGAUUGUCAUUAUGCAGUGAAUCCUUCUACUUACCACACGAACUGCAUGUUUGACACAUGCAACUGUCAAAACAGUGAGGAUUGUCUGUGUGCAGCCCUCUCUUCCUAUGUGAGAGCUUGUGCUGCAAGAGGAAUCCAGAUAAGUGGAUGGAGGACUGAUGUCUGUUCAAAAUACACCACCUCAUGUCCCAAAUCCCUAAGUUACAGUUAUAACAUUGAUUCCUGUCAACCCACUUGUCGCUCUCUGAGUGAGCCUGAUGUCACAUGCAACAUUAAGUUUGUCCCACUUGAUGGCUGCACCUGCAUAAAUGGAACCUACAUGGAUGAAAGUGGCAAAUGUGUGCCUUCUAAUGAAUGCCCCUGUUACUACAGAGGAUCUCCCAUACCACUUGGAGAAGCUGUUCAUGACAAUGGGCUUGUAUGCACUUGCACACAGGGAAGACUGGAUUGCAUUGGAACACCUGAUCCAAUUCCAGUUUGUAAAUCUCCCAUGGUCUACUUUGACUGCACAAACACCACUGCAGGAACAACUGGUGCAGAAUGUCAAAAAAGUUGCCAGACUCUGGAUAUGAAGUGUUAUAGCACACGGUGUAUAUCUGGCUGUGUGUGCCCAGCUGGGCUUGUGUUAGAUGGGAAGGGUGGUUGUAUUCCUGAAGAGGAAUGUCCAUGUAUUCACAACGAAGCCAUGUAUCAGCCUGGGGAAAAGAUCAAUGUUGACUGUAAUACCUGUGUGUGCAAGGAUAGGAUGUGGGAAUGCACCGAAGAUCAAUGUCUGGGUACUUGUGCUGUUUAUGGAGAUGGGCAUUAUAUUACCUUUGAUGACAAAAGAUUCAGCUUCAAUGGAAACUGUGAAUAUACACUAGUCCAGGACCACUGUGGGAAAAGUGGCACAGUCAAUGGGACCUUCCGGGUUGUAACUGAAAAUAUUCCUUGUGGCAACACUGGGACAACUUGCUCAAAAUCUAUCAAAGUUUUCCUAGAGAGCUACGAACUGAUACUUGGUGAGGAGCAUGUCAGUGUGGUAAAGAGAGGACAAGAUGGUGAGGUGCCAUACACAGUCCGCUAUAUGGGUAUGUACUUGGUAAUUGAGACCACCAGCGGACUGAUUCUCAUGUGGGACAAGAAAACCAGCAUCUUCAUCAAGCUCAGCCCUGAUUUUAAGGGCCAGAUCUGUGGCCUGUGUGGAAAUUAUGAUGGCAACGGCAUCAAUGACUUUACUACAAGGAGUCUAUCUGUCGUAGAGAAUGUCCUAGAGUUUGGAAACAGCUGGAAAGUAUCUUCUACAUGUCCUGAUGCUAACAUCAUAAAGGACCCAUGUUCUACCAACCCCUAUCGAAAGUCCUGGUCGGAAAAGCAGUGUAGCCUCAUCAAUAGCAAUGUCUUUGCUGCCUGUCACUCUCAGGUUGAACCAGCAAAAUAUUACCAGGCAUGUGUGACAGAUGCUUGUGCCUGUGACUCUGGAGGAGACUGUGAUUGCUUCUGUACAGCAGUAGCUGCCUAUGCUCAAGCAUGUAGUGAAGUUGGUGUCUGCAUAGCCUGGAGAACCCCAUCAAUCUGUCCACUGUUCUGUGAUUACUACAAUCAACAAGGGGAAUGUGAAUGGCACUAUAAGCCUUGUGGAGCUUCCUGUAUGAAGACCUGUAGGAACCCAAGUGGAAAAUGCCUCCAUAACUUGCCAGGUUUAGAAGGCUGCUAUCCCAACUGCCCACCAGACAAGCCAUAUUUUCAUGAGGAUCAGAUGAAGUGCGUCAGUCUCUGUGACUGUUAUGAUAAUGAAGAUGGGAAGAUAUAUAGACGUGAUGAAUGUCACUUAUGUAACAGAAAACAAGACUUACAUUUCUUCUUUUUAAUUACAGAAAUCACAACCACAACACCAGUGACAACUGUAUGUGUGAAGAAUGUAUGUGAAUGGUCAGAAUGGUAUGAUAGCACACAGCCUAAAACCGGAGAGGACAGUGGAGACUAUGAAAAUUACGAAAAUCUAAAAAACAAUGGAUACAGUGUUUGUAAAAACCCAAGUGGAGUUCAAUGCAGAGCAGAAGAACACCCAGAUAAAGAACUAAAAUAUCUUGAUCAAAUAGUAGAAUGCAGUCAAACCAGAGGAUUGAUAUGCAAUAACAAAGACCAAAAAUCUAAGCAAUGCUAUAACUACAAUAUCAGAAUACUAUGCUGUAGUUAUAAACCAUGUUCAGAAAUACAAACAACUACUGCUAUAGAAACACCAUUUACAAUACAAACAAAAACACAACCAACAACUACACAAAAAACAGGACCUCAAAAAUCGGACAUAACAACAUUAACAACGAAAGUCACAAAUAUAUCAGAAAGCACAACCACACCAAAAGAACCAACCACAACUAGCAGUAGAGCAACCACCAUCAAGACAUAUCCCUCUGUCACAACAAGCACAACCACUAUCAUCAACACACCAACACAGCCCAUCACACCCAACAGCAGUGCCAGCACCAUCAAGACCUCCGUCCCUCUGACAGAAGGCACGAGCACCACCAUCACCACACCUACCAGCAGUGCCAUCACCAUAAAGACCUCUCCCCCUGAAACAAAAGGCAGCACCACCAUCACACCCACCCCUUCCUCUACACUACCCGAGCCGACAACGCCAACCAGUGCUGGCACCACGGUUGUGAUCAAGACCAGUGUCCCUCCGACACCGGGCACGACCAUCCUCAGCACAUCCACAGCGCCCACCUCACCCACCAGCAGUAAAAGCAGACCCACGACCACUGCAGAAAUGACCACAACGUCCUCCACAACGUCCAUUCCGGUCGAAACGUCCACUGCGGCGACACCUACUCCAGCAUCUCCCACUACCGCCUCUACGCUUCCCCAGUCAACGCUGACGACCACCACCAGCACCACGGUAAUCAGCACGACCCCCACCUCCCUGGCACAGAGCACAACCACAUUCACAGCCCCAAGCAGUGCCAGCAGCGCCAAGACCUCCACCCCCGUGACAGUGCCCACAACCACCAUCAUUUCCACACCAACAGAGCCCAUCACACCCAACAGCAGUGCCAGCACCAUCAAGACCUCUCCCCCUGGGACAGAGCCCACAACCACCAUCAUUUCCACACCAACGGAGCCCAUCACACCCAACAGCAGUGCCAGCACCAUCAAGACCUCUCCCCCUGAAACAAAAGGCACCACCACCAUCACACCAACAGCGUCCACCUCACCCACCAGUACCGCCAGCACCUCCACCACCACUGGUGGGUGCUAUGAGCGCUGUGCCUGGACUCAGUGGUUUGACGUGGACUCCCCAGGACAAGGUAGUGACGAUGGAGACAUAGAGACGUUUGCAAGCAUCAGAGCCGCUGGAUUUGAAGUGUGCAUCAACCCACGGGACAUCAACUGCCGUGCUGAAAACUACCCCAACAGGAGCCUGGAGAGCCUGGGCCAGGUACUGGAGUGCAGCGUCGAAAAAGGCCUUGUGUGCAGAAACAAGGAUCAGAUCAGCAAGUACCCCAUGUGCUUCAACUACCAGGUCAGUAUGCUGUGCUGUGACCGCAAACACUGUACGACAACACCAAGCACCACGCCAAGCUCUACAGCUAAGCCCACUCCCACAGAAACCUCCACUGAGACAAACCCAGACUCCCGCACCACCCACCCCUUCCUCUACACUACCCGAGCCGACAACGCCAACCACAGUAAAAGCAGACCCACGACCACUGCAGAAAUGACCACAACGUCCUCCACAACGUCCAUUCCGGUCGAAACGUCCACUGCGGCGACACCUACUCCAGCAUCUCCCACUACCGCCUCUACGCUUCCCCAGUCAACGCUGACGACCACCACCAGCACCACGGUAAUCAGCACGACCCCCACCUCCCUGGCACAGAGCACAACCACAUUCACAGCCCCAAGCAGUGCCAGCAGCGCCAAGACCUCCACCCCCGUGACAGUGCCCACAACCACCAUCAUUUCCACACCAACAGAGCCCAUCACACCCAACAGCAGUGCCAGCACCAUCAAGACCUCUCCCCCUGGGACAGAGCCCACAACCACCAUCAUUUCCACACCAACGGAGCCCAUCACACCCAACAGCAGUGCCAGCACCAUCAAGACCUCUCCCCCUGAAACAAAAGGCACCACCACCAUCACACCAACAGCGUCCACCUCACCCACCAGUACCGCCAGCACCUCCACCACCACUGGUGGGUGCUAUGAGCGCUGUGCCUGGACUCAGUGGUUUGACGUGGACUCCCCAGGACAAGGUAGUGACGAUGGAGACAUAGAGACGUUUGCAAGCAUCAGAGCCGCUGGAUUUGAAGUGUGCAUCAACCCACGGGACAUCAACUGCCGUGCUGAAAACUACCCCAACAGGAGCCUGGAGAGCCUGGGCCAGGUACUGGAGUGCAGCAUCGAAAAAGGCCUUGUGUGCAGAAACAAGGAUCAGAUCAGCAAGUACCCCAUGUGCUUCAACUACCAGGUCAGUAUGCUGUGCUGUGACCGCAAACACUGUACGACAACACCAAGCACCACGCCAAGCUCUACAGCUAAGCUCACUCCCACAGAAACCUCCACUGAGACAACCCAGACUCCCGCACCACCCACCCCUUCCUCUACACUACCCGAGCCGACAACGCCAACCAGUGCUGGCACCACGGUUGUGAUCAAGACCAGUGUCCCUGCGACACCGGGCACGACCAUCCUCAGCACAUCCACAGUGCCCACCUCACCCACCAGCAGUAAAAGCAGACCCACGACCACUGCAGAAAUGACCACAACGUCCUCCACAACGUCCAUUCCGGUCGAAACGUCCACUGCGGCAACACCUACUCCAGCAUCUGCCACUACCCGCCUCUACGCUUCCCCAGUCAACGCUGACGACCACCACCAGCACCACGAGCCCAUCACACCCAACAGCAGUGCCAGCACCAUCAAGACCUCUCCCCCUGGGACAGAGCCCACAACCACCGUCAUUUCCACACCAACGGAGCCCAUCACACCCAACAGCAGUGCCAGCACCAUCAAGACCUCUCCCCCUGAAACAAAAGGCACCACCACCAUCACACCAACAGCGUCCACCUCACCCACCAGUACCGCCAGCACCUCCACCACCACUGGUGGGUGCCAUGAGCGCUGUGCCUGGACUCAGUGGUUUGACGUGGACUCCCCAGGACAAGGUAGUGACGAUGGAGACAUAGAGACGUUUGCAAGCAUCAGAGCCGCUGGAUUUGAAGUGUGCAUCAACCCACAGGACAUCAACUGCCGUGCUGAAAACUACCCCAACAGGAGCCUGGAGAGCCUGGGCCAGGUACUGGAGUGCAGCGUCGAAAAAGGCCUUGUGUGCAGAAACAAGGAUCAGAUCAGCAAGUACCCCAUGUGCUUCAACUACCAGGUCAGUAUGCUGUGCUGUGACCGCAAACACUGUACGACAACACCAAGCACCACGCCAAGCUCUACAGCUAAGCCCACUCCCACAGAAACCUCCACUGAGACAACCCAGACUCCCGCACCACCCACCCCUUCCUCUACACUACCCGAGCCGACAACGCCAACCAGUGCUGGCACCACGGUUGUGAUCAAGACCAGUGUCCCUGCGACACCGGGCACGACCAUCCUCAGCACAUCCACAGCGCCCACCUCACCCACCAGCAGUAAAAGCAGACCCACGACCACUGCAGAAAUGACCACAACGUCCUCCACAACGUCCAUUCCGGUCGAAACGUCCACUGCGGCGACACCUACUCCAGCAUCAUCCCACUACCGCCUCUACGCUUCCCCAGUCAACGCUGACGACCACCACCAGCACCACGAGCCCAUCACACCCAACAGCAGUGCCAGCACCAUCAAGACCUCUCCCCCUGGGACAGAGCCCACAACCACCAUCAUUUCCACACCAACGGAGCCCAUCACACCCAACAGCAGUGCCAGCACCAUCAAGACCUCUCCCCCUGAAACAAAAGGCACCACCACCAUCACACCAACAGCGUCCACCUCACCCACCAGUACCGCCAGCACCUCCACCACCACUGGUGGGUGCCAUGAGCGCUGUGCCUGGACUCAGUGGUUUGACGUGGACUCCCCAGGACAAGGUAGUGACGAUGGAGACAUAGAGACGUUUGCAAGCAUCAGAGCCGCUGGAUUUGAAGUGUGCAUCAACCCACGGGACAUCAACUGCCGUGCUGAAAACUACCCCAACAGGAGCCUGGAGAGCCUGGGCCAGGUACUGGAGUGCAGCGUCGAAAAAGGCCUUGUGUGCAGAAACAAGGAUCAGAUCAGCAAGUACCCCAUGUGCUUCAACUACCAGGUCAGUAUGCUGUGCUGUGACCGCAAACACUGUACGACAACACCAAGCACCACGCCAAGCUCUACAGCUAAGCCCACUCCCACAGAAACCUCCACUGAGACAACCCAGACUCCCGCACCACCCACCCCUUCCUCUACACUACCCGAGCCGACAACGCCAACCAGUGCUGGCACCACGGUUGUGAUCAAGACCAGUGUCCCUGCCGACACCGGCAGUAAAAGCAGACCCACGACCACUGCAGAAAUGACCACAACGUCCUCCACAACGUCCAUUCCGGUCGAAACGUCCACUGCGGCGACACCUACUCCAGCAUCUCCCACUACCGCCUCUACGCUUCCCCAGUCAACGCUGACGACCACCACCAGCACCACGGUAAUCAGCACGACCCCCACCUCCCUGGCACAGAGCACAACCACAUUCACAGCCCCAAGCAGUGCCAGCAGCGCCAAGACCUCCACCCCCGUGACAGUGCCCACAACCACCAUCAUUUCCACACCAACAGAGCCCAUCACACCCAACAGCAGUGCCAGCACCAUCAAGACCUCUCCCCCUGGGACAGAGCCCACAACCACCAUCAUUUCCACACCAACGGAGCCCAUCACACCCAACAGCAGUGCCAGCACCAUCAAGACCUCUCCCCCUGAAACAAAAGGCACCACCACCAUCACACCAACAGCGUCCACCUCACCCACCAGUACCGCCAGCACCUCCACCACCACUGGUGGGUGCCAUGAGCGCUGUGCCUGGACUCAGUGGUUUGACGUGGACUCCCCAGGACAAGGUAGUGACGAUGGAGACAUAGAGACGGACAUCAACUGCCGUGCUGAAAACUACCCCAACAGGAGCCUGGAGAGCCUGGGCCAGGUACUGGAGUGCAGCGUCGAAAAAGGCCUUGUGUGCAGAAACAAGGAUCAGAUCAGCAAGUACCCCAUGUGCUUCAACUACCAGGUCAGUAUGCUGUGCUGUGACCGCAAACACUGUACGACAACACCAAGCACCACGCCAAGCUCUACAGCUAAGCCCACUCCCACAGAAACCUCCACUGAGACAACCCAGACUCCCGCACCACCCACCCCUUCCUCUACACUACCCGAGCCGACAACGCCAACCAGUGCUGGCACCACGGUUGUGAUCAAGACCAGUGUCCCUGCGACACCGGGCACGACCAUCCUCAGCACAUCCACAGCGCCCACCUCACCCACCAGCAGUAAAAGCAGACCCACGACCACUGCAGAAAUGACCACAACGUCCUCCACAACGUCCAUUCCGGUCGAAACGUCCACUGCGGCGACACCUACUCCAGCAUCUCCCACUACCGCCUCUACGCUUCCCCAGUCAACGCUGACGACCACCACCAGCACCACGAGCCCAUCACAACCAACAGCAGUGCCAGCACCAUCAAGACCUCUCCCCCUGGACAGAGCCCACAAACCACCAUCAUUUUCCACACAACGGAGCCCACAACCCACCAUCAUUUCCACACCAACGGAGCCCAUCACACCCAACAGCAGUGCCAGCACCAUCAAGACCUCUCCCCCUGAAACAAAGGCACCACCACCAUCACACACACCAACAGCGUCCACCUCACCCACCAGUAACCCGCCAGCACCUCCACCACCACUGGUGGGUGCCUAUGAGCGCUGUGCCUGGACUCAGUGGUUUGACGUGGACUCCCCAGGACAAGGUAGUGACGAUGGAGACAUAGAGACGUUUGCAAGCAUCAGAGCCGCUGGAUUUGAAGUGUGCAUCAACCCACGGGACAUCAACUGCCGUGCUGAAAACUACCCCAACAGGAGCCUGGAGAGCCUGGGCCAGGUACUGGAGUGCAGCGUCGAAAAAGGCCUUGUGUGCAGAAACAAGGAUCAGAUCAGCAAGUACCCCAUGUGCUUCAACUACCAGGUCAGUAUGCUGUGCUGUGACCGCAAACACUGUACGACAACACCAAGCACCACGCCAAGCUCUACAGCUAAGCCCACUCCCACAGAAACCUCCACUGAGACAACCCAGACUCCCGCACCACCCACCCCUUCCUCUACACUACCCGAGCCGACAACGCCAACCAGUGCUGGCACCACGGUUGUGAUCAAGACCAGUGUCCCUGCGACACCGGGCACGACCAUCCUCAGCACAUCCACAGCGCCCACCUCACCCACCAGCAGUAAAAGCAGACCCACGACCACUGCAGAAAUGACCACAACGUCCUCCACAACGUCCAUUCCGGUCGAAACGUCCACUGCGGCGACACCUACUCCAGCAUCUCCCACUACCGCCUCUACGCUUCCCCAGUCAACGCUGACGACCACCACCAGCACCACGGUAAUCAGCACGACCCCCACCUCCCUGGCACAGAGCACAACCACAUUCACAGCCCCAAGCAGUGCCAGCAGCGCCAAGACCUCCACCCCCGUGACAGUGCCCACAACCACCAUCAUUUCCACACCAACAGAGCCCAUCACACCCAACAGCAGUGCCAGCACCAUCAAGACCUCUCCCCCUGGGACAGAGCCCACAACCACCAUCAUUUCCACACCAACGGAGCCCAUCACACCCAACAGCAGUGCCAGCACCAUCAAGACCUCUCCCCCUGAAACAAAAGGCACCACCACCAUCACACCAACAGCGUCCACCUCACCCACCAGUACCGCCAGCACCUCCACCACCACUGGUGGGUGCCAUGAGCGCUGUGCCUGGACUCAGUGGUUUGACGUGGACUCCCCAGGACAAGGUAGUGACGAUGGAGACAUAGAGACGUUUGCAAGCAUCAGAGCCGCUGGAUUUGAAGUGUGCAUCAACCCACAGGACAUCAACUGCCGUGCUGAAAACUACCCCAACAGGAGCCUGGAGAGCCUGGGCCAGGUACUGGAGUGCAGCGUCGAAAAAGGCCUUGUGUGCAGAAACAAGGAUCAGAUCAGCAAGUACCCCAUGUGCUUCAACUACCAGGUCAGUAUGCUGUGCUGUGACCGCAAACACUGUACGACAACACCAAGCACCACGCCAAGCUCUACAGCUAAGCCCACUCCCACAGAAACCUCCACUGAGACAACCCAGACUCCCGCACCACCCACCCCUUCCUCUACACUACCCGAGCCGACAACGCCAACCAGUGCUGGCACCACGGUUGUGAUCAAGACCAGUGUCCCUGCGACACCGGGCACGACCAUCCUCAGCACAUCCACAGCGCCCACCUCACCCACCAGCAGUAAAAGCAGACCCACGACCACUGCAGAAAUGACCACAACGUCCUCCACAACGUCCAUUCCGGUCGAAACGUCCACUGCGGCGACACCUACUCCAGCAUCUCCCACUACCGCCUCUACGCUUCCCCAGUCAACGCUGACGACCACCACCAGCACCACGGUAAUCAGCACGACCCCCACCUCCCUGGCACAGAGCACAACCACAUUCACAGCCCCAAGCAGUGCCAGCAGCGCCAAGACCUCCACCCCCGUGACAGUGCCCACAACCACCAUCAUUUCCACACCAACAGAGCCCAUCACACCCAACAGCAGUGCCAGCACCAUCAAGACCUCUCCCCCUGGGACAGAGCCCACAACCACCAUCAUUUCCACACCAACGGAGCCCAUCACACCCAACAGCAGUGCCAGCACCAUCAAGACCUCUCCCCCUGAAACAAAAGGCACCACCACCAUCACACCAACAGCGUCCACCUCACCCACCAGUACCGCCAGCACCUCCACCACCACUGGUGGGUGCCAUGAGCGCUGUGCCUGGACUCAGUGGUUUGACGUGGACUCCCCAGGACAAGGUAGUGACGAUGGAGACAUAGAGACGUUUGCAAGCAUCAGAGCCGCUGGAUUUGAAGUGUGCAUCAACCCACGGGACAUCAACUGCCGUGCUGAAAACUACCCCAACAGGAGCCUGGAGAGCCUGGGCCAGGUACUGGAGUGCAGCGUCGAAAAAGGCCUUGUGUGCAGAAACAAGGAUCAGAUCAGCAAGUACCCCAUGUGCUUCAACUACCAGGUCAGUAUGCUGUGCUGUGACCGCAAACACUGUACGACAACACCAAGCACCACGCCAAGCUCUACAGCUAAGCCCACUCCCACAGAAACCUCCACUGAGACAACCCAGACUCCCGCACCACCCACCCCUUCCUCUACACUACCCGAGCCGACAACGCCAACCAGUGCUGGCACCACGGUUGUGAUCAAGACCAGUGUCCCUGCGACACCGGGCACGACCAUCCUCAGCACAUCCACAGCGCCCACCUCACCCACCAGCAGUAAAAGCAGACCCACGACCACUGCAGAAAUGACCACAACGUCCUCCACAACGUCCAUUCCGGUCGAAACGUCCACUGCGGCGACACCUACUCCAGCAUCAACGCUGACGACCACCACCAGCACCACGGUAAUCAGCACGACCCCCACCUCCCUGGCACAGAGCACAACCACAUUCACAGCCCCAAGCAGUGCCAGCAGCGCCAAGACCUCCACCCCCGUGACAGUGCCCACAACCACCAUCAUUUCCACACCAACAGAGCCCAUCACACCCAACAGCAGUGCCAGCACCAUCAAGACCUCUCCCCCUGGGACAGAGCCCACAACCACCAUCAUUUCCACACCAACGGAGCCCAUCACACCCAACAGCAGUGCCAGCACCAUCAAGACCUCUCCCCCUGAAACAAAAGGCACCACCACCAUCACACCCACCCCUUCCUCUACACUACCCGAGCCGACAACGCCAACCAGUGCUGGCACCACGGUUGUGAUCAAGACCAGUGUCCCUCCGACACCAGGCACGACCAUCCUCAGCACAUCCACAGCGCCCACCUCACCCACCAGCAGUAAAAGCAGACCCACGACCACUGCAGAAAUGACCACAACGUCCUCCACAACCAUCACCCACUACCGCCUCUACGCUUCCCCAGUCAACGCUGACGACCACCACCAGCACCACGGUGAUCAGCACGACCCCAACCUCCCUGGCACAGAGCACAACCACAUUCACAGCCCCAAGCAGUGCCAGCAGCGCCAAGACUUCCACCCCGUGACAGUGCCCACAACCACCAUCAUUUCCACACCAACGGAGCCCAUCACACCCAACAGCAGUGCCAGCACCAUCAAGACCUCUCCCCCUGAAACAAAAGGCACCACCACCAUCACACCAACAGCGUCCACCUCACCCACCAGUACCGCCAGCACCUCCACCACCACUGGUGGGUGCCAUGAGCGCUGUGCCUGGACUCAGUGGUUUGACGUGGACUCCCCAGGACAAGGUAGUGACGAUGGAGACAUAGAGACGUUUGCAAGCAUCAGAGCCGCUGGAUUUGAAGUGUGCAUCAACCCACGGGACAUCAACUGCCGUGCUGAAAACUACCCCAACAGGAGCCUGGAGAGCCUGGGCCAGGUACUGGAGUGCAGCGUCGAAAAAGGCCUUGUGUGCAGAAACAAGGAUCAGAUCAGCAAGUACCCCAUGUGCUUCAACUACCAGGUCAGUAUGCUGUGCUGUGACCGCAAACACUGUACGACAACACCAAGCACCACGCCAAGCUCUACAGCUAAGCCCACUCCCACAGAAACCUCCACUGAGACAACCCAGACUCCCGCACCACCCACCCCUUCCUCUACACUACCCGAGCCGACAACGCCAACCAGUGCUGGCACCACGGUUGUGAUCAAGACCAGUGUCCCUGCGACACCGGGCACGACCAUCCUCAGCACAUCCACAGCGCCCACCUCACCCACCAGCAGUAAAAGCAGACCCACGACCACUGCAGAAAUGACCACAACGUCCUCCACAACGUCCAUUCCGGUCGAAACGUCCACUGCGGCGACACCUACUCCAGCAUCUCCCACUACCGCCUCUACGCUUCCCCAGUCAACGCUGACGACCACCACCAGCACCACGGUAAUCAGCACGACCCCCACCUCCCUGGCACAGAGCACAACCACAUUCACAGCCCCAAGCAGUGCCAGCAGCGCCAAGACCUCCACCCCCGUGACAGUGCCCACAACCACCAUCAUUUCCACACCAACAGAGCCCAUCACACCCAACAGCAGUGCCAGCACCAUCAAGACCUCUCCCCCUGGGACAGAGCCCACAACCACCAUCAUUUCCACACCAACGGAGCCCAUCCCACCACCUGCACCUCCUCCACACGUCCAUCGUCGAACCAUGCGGCAACUACUCAGCAUCUCCCACUACCGCCUCUACGCUUCCCCAGUCAAGCUGACGACCACCACCAGCACCACGGUGAUCAGCACGACCCCAAACCUCCCUGGCACAGAGCACAACCACAUUCACAGCCCCAAGCAGGCAGCAGCGCCAAGACCUCACCCCCGUGACAGUGCCCACAACCACCAUCAUUUCCACACCCAACAGAGGCCCAUCACACCCAACAGCAGUGCCAGCACCAUCAAGACCUCUCCCCCUGAAACAAAAGGCACCACCACCAUCACACCAACAGCGUCCACCUCACCCACCAGUACCGCCAGCACCUCUUUUUCUUCUACCAAUGAAAGUACCACCAGCUCUAUUUUUUCCACUAGUUUUACCACCACUGGUAGCCCAGUCCCCUGCAGUAUGGUGGAAUUAUUUGAACCAAAACCUGUGCUGUGCUAUGAACUAAACUAUGUUUUGUGCUUAACAGUAUCUACAUCUGGUACCUCACAGUCAAGUCACGUAACAACAAGCACUUCUGCGAUUUUCAGUUCUUCCCUCACCACACCUUUCACAACAGAAGCAAGUACAAUUGUUACAUUAAGCAGACCAACUCCAUGUUUUUGUCACGUCUCUGGUGAUUUUUUUUCUCCUGGGGAAGUUGUAUACAACAAAACAGAUAGGGCUGGAUGUAGUUUUUAUUCGCUUUGCAGCAAUGAAUGCGAAAUUGCCCCAUUUCAAGGGCCAUGUCCUCCAACAACUCCUUUAACUUCAGAGUCCUCAAAAACAACAACACAAGCCUCCUCAUCCACAGAACACAUAUUUUCUUCUGUCUCACCAACCACAGCAACAUCCCUCACAACUGCAACAGAAAGAAACUGUACUGAUGUCAGUCCUCCACGAAAGCCUGGAGAGAAAUGGACAAGUGAAUGCCAGGACUGUGAAUGUAACCCACUCAAUUCUACUGUGCAAUGUCAGCCACGCCUAUGCCAAAUAGUUCAGACACCAAUUUGUGAGAUAGGAUUUGUUUCCACACCUGUAUUACCAUCAGAAGACCCAUGUUGUCCUAAAUAUGAAUGCAGUAAGUAUUUACGAAUACCCAACAUCUGUGUGGUCAAUCGCACAAUGUAUACGCCUGGAACGUCCAUACCAAUUGAUUCAUGUAAGAAUUGUACCUGCAGUUCUGAAAAGGAUCCAGUGACUAGUGCCAAUAUUGUGCAGUGUGAACCAGUGCAAUGUGAAACAUCUUGCCCACUGGUUGAUGAGACUCUGCCACUUGAUCUCUGCAACUACUACAAAUGUGAAAAAAUUGAAGAUCAAUAUGUUACAGUCCAAACUAAAAGAGUGUGCCCUGAAUUCGAUCCAACAGAGUGUGAUCCUGAUGAAACAGAGACUACUCCUGAUGGCUGCUGCAAGAUAUGUAAACCUACAAACUGCAAAGUUUACAGCACAAAAACAGUGAUCCGACAUGAAGACUGUGAAUCUUCUGAACCUGUUGAGCUGGCCUCUUGUCAAGGGACUUGUCCUGGCUCCUCUGUGUAUUCUUUUGAAGCAAACCAGAUGCAACAUGAAUGUAGUUGCUGCCAGGAGUUCAGCAGCCAAACAAGAGAGGUGACCCUGACUUGCCAAAAUGGAACAAGCAUAAAUUAUAACUAUGUCUAUGUGGAACAGUGCCAGUGUAUGAAUGCAUGCACUUCACAGAUCUCUCAAAUAGAUGAUUACCAAUCAAAAAUCAGUGAAAAACUGACAUGAUCAUUGCCAAAAGAAAACAGAGCCUAGGGAAGCUAGAAUCACAUCUUCCUGAAAAAUAACCUGCACUUCUUCUUUAACUGAUACUAUUUCAGUUUGUUAUCUUUUAUCUUACUUUAUUUUUUUUGUAAAAACAGGUUUUUGUUUUGUUUUGUUUUAUUUAAAUGAUACAGUUUUAAAAGUGAAAAAUAAAUGACCAUGUAAAAUAUCUUGCUGUACAUUAUGGAAAUAGGUCAGUAUGUAUCAGUGCGAUCACAGAUCACAAAAUUGACUUUCUACAAAAAGACUAAAAGGGCUCUAAAAAUAAAACCAGGAAACAGUGUAGCUACAUUGCACUUAACUCUUGUGACUAGAGAAAGUUUUAUUGGAUAGCAUUUUCAUGGAUGUAAUGCUCUUGACAGACAUCACACAGUGACAGAGAAAAGACUGUUUUGCUGUUCAUUUUGUCUCUUAUUUGA